AAAAUCACCCUGGAGGACUGCGCGGAGACCUACCGCACAGGCAUGUUCCCGUGCCUGAAAGCGACGUUCACGCUGAGCCGGCAGAUGGGCUACUACGUGACGCAGCUCUACGUGCCCAGCCUACUGCUCGUCAUGGUCUCGUGGCUCUCGUUCUGGAUCAACAAGGAGCCGGCCCCGGCACGCGUCGGCAUCGGCACCAGCACCAUCCUCCGCAUGAUCACCAAGAGCACGGGCUCGCGAGCCAUGCUGCCCAAGGUGACGUACACGACCGCGAUGGACGUGUGGAUGGACACGUGCCUCAUCUUCCUCAUCGCCGUGCUGGUGGAGUACGCGCUGGUCCAGGCCACGGCGCGCAGGUUCAGGGACCCCAAGGUCAUCAAGAACAGCAAGGAGUCUAUGUCCGACCUUGAGGAGCGCUACCUCCGGCAGGCGGUGAUGGUGGACGUGAAGGCGCGUUUCGUGUUCCCCGCGGCGUUCCUCGCCUUCAACGCCGUCUACUGGGUCACCUGCGUGGUGGGACUCAAGUUCCUGCAGUGAAGACGCGGCACAGGAGACCGCAGAGACACCGCAGAGA